AUGGAAACGAAGAAAAAAGGGACGAAGCUGCUGUACUGCGCCCUCGGGGCACUGGUGCCCGUUUACUGGUUUCACCACCGCAGGGCAAACAGAAGUCAAAGCGACUACAACAAAAUUGGAGACAACGUAGAGAUCAUGAAGACGCUAAAAAUGAACAACCCACUCUGUCACAUACCAUUAAUCAUCCUAAGCAUCUACGAUGGUUAUAUUUACGAAAAUAAAAUGCUCCGAAAAGUUUAUUACAAAUUUAGGGAGAGGUCAUCAGAGGAAGUCUCCGUUCCGUCCUCACCUCUCCUUCAGCAUCCCCACCGUAGGGGCAACAACGCAACCACCAAAGGAGCAGCCACGCAGGGUCCUAAUUACCACUUUAUCACGCACAGCGAAAAAAGCAUAUUUAACAAGAUGUAUUUUUAUGAGGUUAUAUUGGACAGGAGUGUAAGGUAUGCCGUGAUUUCGCCGCAACUCAGUUUCUACAUUUUGAGGCAGCUAUCUCAGCACGUUGUAAAUUUGAACACGAGGUUGUACCAUGAGAAGGAGUUCACCUUACACAGGGGGGGUCAUCACGUCGAUGAUUAUACACGUGGUGAUGAUCGUGAGGGCUGGUUUUCCAACUGGGUGAUGCGUUUGCUGUGGGGCGGAGUUUGGCCCGACGAGGUGAACAGCACCCACUACAGAGACGACUACAGUGACAACCAGACAGUAGGAGAGGAGAGAUCCACGCAGCGGACGAAGCACCUCCGAGGAAACCUCUACGAAAAAUACGAUAUUCACAGAUAUGAAGACACAUUUAGCCGAACGAAGGGAAGUGGUAAGAGUCCCCCCCCACAGCACGACCAAGUGAGCAUCAACCUUUUGUAUUUGCUGAACAAGGCAUACGAUAAUGUGAGUAGGAUCUGCAUAGACACGGAGACGAACCUUUUUGUAAACCUCUAUAUGGUAAACAUUUUAAAGUUCAUUUGUUAUAGGAAUUAUAGACACGUUCUUAUGAACAGCUCCUUGUUUGCGGAACUGGACAGGAGGAACAGGAAGGGCAGAAGUCCCUUCGACUACUUUUGCGCCUUUUUCGCGGGGGGUAGAGUGGCUGAAAAGGGGUACCUCCCUAUGGACGAUGCGGACAGGCAUUUGUUUUGGGGGGAAGAAGAAGGGGUGUAUGAAAGGGGCCCAACGGACGGUUCGACAAGUGACCCAACGAGCGGACCAAUGGACGGGGAGGAACAGAUGGGAAGGAGGUCCUGCACCCCGUCUAACAUUCCAUCUUCCGGGGGAAUCCAAAGAAGGGAUGAUAAGGAGAACGUAGUGGAGCAAAGUACAAAUCGCAACAGCAAUCACCACAUAGUAGAAGCAGCUACGUCACAAACUAUUGCCACGUAUAACCAUGGUGGAAACCCCCGCCAACAGGAAGACACAAAAGAGACGCACCCACAGAAUUACACACAGUAUCAAUGUAGAGUAGAGGAAAAAAUGAAAAUUCUAAAUGACCUCUACUUGGUCCUGUACCUACGCCUCCUCCUCGAAUGCUGCGUCACUCUUGUGAGCAUAAAAAAAAACUUACUAACGUUGGAGGAGAAGGUAAAGUUUGAAAAAGGGAAUAGAGUUUUUUACCUGAGCAGGUCAGAUGCGAUUGAAAAUUUGAAGGUGCACUUCCUGAAGCGGUUUCGGCGUGGCGAGGAGAAACGGGGGUUCCACGUAUUCUUUCGCCCGUAUGGUAACGCCAUGCGGAAUGGGCAACCUAAUAAGAGGCAGGAUAUUCAGCCAGAAAGGGCGCUAAGAAAACUUCCCACAUGGCAUAGUAAAGAUGUUCAGCCGAAUGUGGAGCAGUCCAGCCUAGUUACGUGGAAGAGUAAACUGAGGGGACACUCCAAAAGGGCAAAAGUCUACAUAAACAAGAAACUUUUUCACUUUAAAAAAACGAUAAACUACUAUGUUAUAAACUUGGACGAAGCUAUAAAGAACAAAUAUUACAAAAGGGUCCACCAAAAAAAUGUGAAACGGAUAAAGAAGCAUCUAAGGGAGAACACGCAGAAGGAAAUAAACUUGGAACGGUUCCACGAUAUGUACUCCAACAUGGUUGCUAACUUAAAUGGGAUCCUUUCCUUUGCUUACGCAGUGGAUGCGAAAAAUCAGGCCCAUCGUAUUUUAUCCCUUUACAACACUUGCGUCUUCUACCAGUAUAACUACCUGAACGAGCAUGAUAGUCUGUUUUUUAAAAACGGGGUUAGUAGGUACUUGCGUCGUUUGGGUGAGUGGUCCUCAUCCUCAGAAGGAAGGGAAAACGAUUCACUGGAACAACAGUCUUCCCCAUCCUUCUACUACACCAACGACAUCCACCUGCUGCUCCUCCUCUACACACAGCGAAUACAAAAGUGCCUAAAUGUAUUCACCUAUAUAUAUAAUAAGAACCACUUCAGCAAGUACUGCUCUUUGUGCUAUAUAUUCCAUAAGUUGAACUAUAUUCUUUUUUCUAAGAAGAGUUCAUCUCACUGGAUCAUGAAUGUUGCCUAUCUGGCUUACCACAACUGGUUCGCUUGCUUCUCCUUCCUUUAUUUUUUUUGUGUCUACUCGUAUGUUGCUUUUUUUCUCAUCUACCAGUCUAACACAUUCUCUUCCGUGCGUUACUUUGGCAUUUUUGCCGACCCAGGUCUAUCUCUCUACUUUGUGCAGUUAUACACCAAUGCACGAUCGCUGACCGGUGCGUGA